AUGUUAGAAACAUAUCUUUACCUUGAAGUAGGAAAACAGCUUUGUCAUAUACAUUAUUGCAAAGUAGUGGAGCCUAAUCGUGAAAACAUACAGUAUAAACAGAAGAAAGAGUUAAAGGACCAAAAAGGCUGUAAAAAAAGAAUUGCACAUGAAGAGUUUCACUCAGUUGAAGAAAAUAGUAUUGAAGAUGAUUAUCAUAAUAUUUAUGAAAAGCGAAGGCCAGAUACAACAUCAACAUCAAUAGCAAAGUAUUUUGCUACUUGUAUAGCAAAACCUAUUAUAGGAUGCCUUGCAAUACCAAUAUACAUCACCCAUGGUUAUCAUUCAACUUGCUACAGUAGAAGAUGUAUUUAUUGUGAAAAUUUUUAUAAAAAUGGUGUUUUUGAAAAUGUAAAUUCAUUUUUAAAAAGGAUUGAAAAAGGAAAAGAUAUACUUACACAAGAUGAUUUAGAUGACGAAAAUAAUGAAGAGGAAGAGGAAGAAUCUUCGGGAGAGCCGGUAAAUGAACAAUCUGAUAUAUCUGCCGCACUAGCAGCAGCAAUUGAUAAUAUAAAUCACUGGUAA